ACUGGAAAAUUAAUACAUAUUGGAGUUGAUUUCCUUUUAGUAUCCACUUUACUAGCAGGCAUUAGACGCAACACAGGUUUACAAUUCGAUUUAAAUAGACUAGAGCAAUCUACAAUAAUAUCCAAUAAAACAAAACAUAACCAGGAUAAUGGAGAUUGGCAUCCAACAGCCAAAAGAUAUUUGGCCAAAUAUUUCAGUGUUGGUGAAUCAUUUUAUGAUUACUUAGUAGCCACCCUAGGUUCAUCGAAAUAUUUUGAAAGAAGAUAA